CUCAGUCUCUGUCCAACAGAAUGAACCCAGAGAACCUCACCUGGCCCAAGGUUGCCCCUGCUGAAUUUGUCCUCCUGGGCAUCACAGAUCGCUGGGACCUGCGUGUCACCCUCUUUGUGAUCUUCCUGCCCAUCUACCUGGUGAGCCUGCUGGGAAACUUGGGCAUGGUGCUGCUGAUCCGUGUGGAUGCCCGGCUCCACACACCUAUGUACUUCUUCCUGGCCAACCUGUCCCUGCUGGAUGCCUGCUAUUCUUCAGCCAUUAGCCCCAAGAUGCUGGUGGACCUGCUGCUGUCCCAUGCCACCAUCCCUUACACAGCCUGUGCCCUCCAGAUGUUUGUCUUUGCAGGGCUGGUUGAUGCCGAGUGUUGCCUGUUGGCAGCCAUGGCCUAUGACCGCUACAUAGCCAUUGGAAACCCACUUCUCUAUACAACAGCCAUGUCACGGCGUCUAUGUCUGGUCUUGUUGGGGGCAUCAGGCCUGGGAGGAGCCAUAAGUGCCUCUGUCCACACAACCUUCACCUUUUGCCUGAGCUUCUGCCACUCUCGGGAGAUCAACAGUUACUUCUGUGAUAUCCCUCCUCUGCUGGCCAUCUCAUGCAGUGACACUAGUGUCAAUGAACUCCUCCUCUUCACUGUCUGUGGCUUCAUCCAGAUGGCCACGGUGUUGGCCAUUGCCGUGUCUUAUGGUUUCAUUGCUGGGGCUGUGAUCCACAUGCGCUCAUCUAAGGGCCGUCGGCGAGCAGCCUCAACUUGUGGCUCCCACUUCACAGCUGUGGCCAUGCUAUAUGGAACUCUCAUUUUCAUGUACCUGCGUCCCAGCUCCAACUAUGUCUUGGACACUGACAAGAUGGCCUCUGUGUUCUACACCCUUGUCAUCCCAGCUCUCAACCCACUCAUCUACAGCCUCCGCAACAAGGAGGUCAAGGAGGCACUGGGGCGGACUUGGAGGCAAUUAGGCUGUCCAGGGUGGGGACCUCAGUGAUUGGCCUGGGGAGACUGGGUAGGCUUGACUAUGAAGAGAUGAGGCGGACACU